AUGGGGGUUCUCUGGCUGGCUGUCAUUGCUACAAACACCCCAGGGAUUGGUAAUGAUAGCAAAUGGAGGAGUAGAAAGCUUUGCAAGAAAAAAAUCAACCAGUUAAAACUCACAGAUGUACAACUAGUAUCUGAGGAAGCAAUUCAUCUGCAGGUCUCUUGGCAAAGGGGAUUAUGGAACCAAAAAGUAAUCGCGUUGCCAUUUAAAUUUCUACACCCACCACAUGGUUUGGUUCAUAUCUUAAAUAUUGCAAAGUUUUAUCAUUCAGAUCAACCUAUAGGUCUCUUUCUCAUUGCAGACACAAGGCAAGUGCAGCCGUCCCCACCAUGGUCCUACGACCAAUCCUACCAGUAUCUGGGCUCCAUCGCGACUCCCUCGGUGCAUCCUGCCACACCGAUAUCACCUGGCAGGGCCAGCGGCAUGACGUCCCUCACUGCAGAGCUUUCCAGCCGCCUCUCAGGUGCUUCUGACUUGACGGCAUUCAGUGACCCCAGAGUGGGGAUUGACCGCUCCUUCUCUGCGCUCCCUUCCAUUUCUGAUCCUCGGAUGCACUACCCGGGAGCGUUCACCUACACGCCAACACCCGUCAGUUCGGGGAUAGGGAUCGGUAUGUCUGCUAUGUCCACGGCCACCAGAUACCACACUUACCUCCCACCUCCAUAUCCUGGUUCCUCUCAGGCCCAAGGCAGCCCAUUCCAGACCAGCUCACCUUCGUACCACCUCUACUACGGAACCUCUGCUGGGUCCUAUCAGUUCUCCAUGAUCUCAGGAGGAGACCGGUCCCCCCCGCGCAUCCACCCCCCUUGCACCAAUGCUUCCACAGGAUCGACACUCCUCAACCCCAACCUUCCCAACCAAAGCGAUGUGGUUGAGGCAGAAGGGAGCCACAGCAACUCCCCAACCAACAUGGGUACCACGGCAAGGCUAGAGGAAGCGGUUUGGAGGCCAUACUGAAUGCAUUUUAAGUAGUCGUAGGCCAGGACUAACGUGCUUUCGAUUUACCGAUGUCCGUAGGUAUCCCAUAAACACCUGUCUUGCUUAUGGGCCCUGCCAUAUUCAUACAUCACUUCCAGAAGCAAACUCUCCAGAAGUCAGCGGUCCCAGGAGCAGUGGGGUGCAUUGGGCCAGCUGCAUGUCUGGAGAAGUGAUGCCAUGCCAGCAAGGUACCCCCCAGGGGGCUGAGCUUCUGGAAAGGAGGACAUUCAGGUUGGUGGCCUGUAGGUAGUGAGGGUGAGUAGGAAGAUAUCCAGGCUGUUUCCAGGCUUGUGGCUUUCAAACAUGCCCAGGUUUGAAGGUCUCCACAGUCCUAAAGAGAGUUUCAGUUCACUUCUGUUUUUAAGACUUAAGACCUAA